AUGAGAAACAUGCAGAAUUACGUUUUAGCUUCGCUGUCUGUAUGCUGUAUAUAUUUCGGGUAUGUCCACAUCUACCGUUCUCAUAUAUUACUGAAAACAAAUUCACUCAGCUUCGAGAGACUUCCAAGUCUUUCGUAUCUGUUGAUCAAAUAUCUGACCAAAGCUCUUAGUCGGAGAAAGGGCUCCUUGUACGAGCCACACGGGCAAAAGAAAUGCGACGUUGUUUACGCCGUCCACAACUGCAGGCUGAACGCGGUGCAUUUGAGGAGGUUUUGCAGUUCUGCAGGGUAUGGUUGGGACUAUCCAGAUAGCGAAUACAGAGACAUUCCUCUCUGCUUCCCCGAAGCGAUGUGCCGCACGCUUCUGCUUAUGGCCAUUACUGAUCACAACUUCCGGCUGAGCCCAGUUGGUCUGGUAUGUGUGCGCCAGAGCAUUAAAACGCAUCAACCAGUUGAUGAGCUGAAGAAAGGUCCCUUCAUGUUGCAAGUUCAAGUCCUGGUGUACAGACCCGUAGAUGUCGGCGUGGAGGUGGAUGUCUUGCUGUCUGCCACUUCCCGUUCCAAGAGUCUCGUGUGGGAGAGCAUCCUCACACUGCUCUCUAAAAACAAGUACCGACAAGCCAUCGAAUGUGGAGCCAACAACGAAAAUGAAAUAUUGGCGGGUAAAAAGGAUGAAGGUGAGUUCCCACAUGUGAAACAAGUGCAGCUCAGAGUUCCAUUGAGUGCUGGCCCACCAUGUUCCUGGUCCUUCUUGGAAUAUUGGUUCCUCUUUCUGCCAGCCACUCUGUUUGGCUUCAAGUUGCGGCCCAUGUCGAGUCUCUGGAUGUUGUCUGUCUGCCUGGCUGAAAUAGAGAAGCACAAUGGGGUUGAAGUCAUCACUUCUCCAUUGAACAUCCUGGCCCAGUUUGAUGAACGUUUGUUGGCGCCAAGCAAAGUGACCCUUUCAUUUUGUAGAGGUCAGUCGUCUACCCGAGACCUCAGAUUCCAAAUGCAGCAACACGGAGGCAGCAAGUAUUACUUAGUGGGAGUGAUAUCUCGGGACUGACUGAAACGGGAAGUAGUCAAUAUCAGUAUCCCAAAACGACAAAAUAUAUGUUGUGACUUGUACUAUCUCCCACUCCCACGGUGUGUGAUGUCCCGUGUCCUCGUCUCACUUUGGAGUCCUGAGAUGAAUGUACAUGUACAUAGAUUAGAACUGCAUCCUCUGCUAUAAAAAUGGAACAGAUUGAUCAUAACCAGUUUGAAGUCCUGCUGCCGCCAAUGAUGUAUUCAACAGAGAUGGGAGUCAUUCACAACAAGUCAACUAAUAACAGAUAAGUGCUAACCACUUGAGAAAAGUGUUUUGGACUCCUCACAAAAGUGGUUUAUUUAUUUAAUUUAACAUUACGUAAAGUUAUUGAAAAUUAAUAGUGUAGUGCAUUAACUUUAGAGAUGCUGAUUGGUGACUGGUAUCAGAGAAAUUCUAACAUUUUACCGUGCAUAUUUGUGUAUAGAUUAAGCUUCACAAAGUCACUGAUAUGAUUCGACAAUAUGUUUGAUUCACCAAUUGUGGAAAUGCAAUAAAUUCAUUUUUACCCCAUCCAUCCAUACAAUAAAACCAUUUUCUAUACUA